AUGGUGGACGAGGGGAGCCGCUGCCCGUUCCUGCUCGAGAACGAUGACAGCAAGUUGGUCACGUGCAUGUGCAACUACUAUUCGCUGGGCCAGGCGGAGCUGGCCCGCGCGCUGCUCCGCAUCGUGGCCAGCCGCAGCCUCGCGCGGGCCCUGCGCAUCGUGAAGACCAUCAUCUGGCACGGGCCCCCGAAGCACUGGCUGUGCUCCGUCUUCGCGCCCUCUUCUGCGCACGUGACAUGGAUGUGCCUCAUCGACUUUCAGGACCUCGUGGAGACACACAUGAAACGGCCAGCGCAGCUGCCGCCGUGGCUGCUGAAGCGGCUCGAGUUCGAUGUGCUGAUCGCCCAGGCGCUGCUCGACGGCGCAGCCAUCCAGGCUCAGGCUCUCACCGCCGAGGUGGCCAGCGAGCUUCGCGCAUACCACGCCGGCCUGCUGUGUGCCACAGGGCAGGAGGAGGACCUCCCUCCAGAGAUGCAGGUGCCGUACUCGUUCAAGCUGCCAGCGCUGUCGCUGCUCCAGGUGACUAACCAGGUCUCUCCGUACGUGAACUUCUUGCCUGCGCACACCACAGACAGGCACGAGCAGGUGGAUCACCUCGCCAGCGGCAACGCCAGCCUCUCCAAGGCCGCCGUGCAGCAGCUCUACGACCUCUGCAAGAGCCAGCCGCUGCUCGGGCGCUGCGUCGGGCGAGCGCUUGCGCCCCCAGGGUGCGCAGCGGCGCUCACCACCGCGCGGCGCAUCCAGCAGAUGUGCCUCGGGCUCACCGCGGACUCGCUCCUCCAAUCCCUGAAAGGUGACGCGUGGCGGUACCUGAAGUUCUUGGAGGUCAGCGACGCGAUCGGGAGCCCGCAGCCGCUACUGGAGCUCUUCAGCGUGCUGCUGGUCGUGGUCGUCUCGGACAUCCGCCCGACGCCGGCGCUGCACGCACGGCUUCAGGGGCUCGUCUCCAUGGCGACGUCGACGCUGAGCGCGACCGCGGCCACAGGUGCCGGCCCAAGCGUGGCCGCCGACAGCGGCGCGUCUGUCGUUGGCAACCUCGCCUCGGCAGUGGUCGGCUCGGGCGUGGUCGGCACGGGCGCGGUCGGCGCUGGCGUCGGGCCUGGGACCCUCGGCGGGCCCAGCGCCCCGCCGGGCACUCUGGGUGCCCAGGAGGCCGGCGGGGGCCCUCCAGAAGGUGGCGAGGGCGACGGAGGCGCCCCUGCCACUGGGCCCGACGGCCCGCACCUGGGCGCCCAGGCGGGCCCCGCGGGCGUCGCGGUGACGGGGAGCACCGCCGGCGCAAGCACCGCAGCUGCUGCCCGUACGCUCGCGGAGAUCUUCGCGCAGGCCCUGCCGGCCGAGGGCGGCACCGGCACCAAGCCGUGGGAGCACCUGCGGCAGCUGCUCGCGGCGCGGACCAGGGGCGCCGCAGAGGAAGCCUACGGAGCAGCCGGCGCCGGCGGCGGCGCCGCAGCGCGCUCGUCGGCCCACAGGUUCAGCAAGUUCCUCAACCGGAUCCGCGGCGAGAAGAGCAUCGAGGACGACGCCCUGCAGGAGGACCUCGGCGCCGCCCCGCGCGGCAGCGACGGCGGCCGCCACCAGUUCCACAGCGAGGGUGCGAACGGGGCAGAGGGCGGCGGCGGCCAGCCCGGCGGAGUCGCGUGGCAGGCAGCGGGCGACCGCCCUCGCGCCAAGGCCGAGCUCAGCGCUGUCAGCGUGGGCGGCGCUGACGGCUGGGAUGCCGACGGGCCUGCAGAGGCGGCCCGCAACGCGUUCUUGCACCGCACGCAGAUCUACGAGGCGCUGCUGACCCACGAGUCUGGCGCAGGCGGUACCCAGACGGCCCUCCGGCUCUUCAGCGUCCUUGAGGACGAGCUGCUCCGGCUGAAGGCGGCGCAGAGCCCCCUGCCGCCCGCCUUCGAGCUGCUGGAGCCCUCGGACGCCGACGCGUACCUGUUCAAGGCGCCGCCCAUCACCUUCUGGGACGCGUACUUCGAGUUCGUGCGCGUGGCCGGAGUGCACUGCCUCGAGUACGUCGUGCACGCCGCGGUGAAGUUCAUCCGGCAGCACGACUUCUGCGCGGCGGCGUGGCUGCUCGCCCCCUUCCCGCAGCUGAAGCCGCUGGUGGUGCUGCUGUGCUGGCCGGAGUUCGACGGGGACGUCGGGAGCCGCCAGAGCCUGCUGGACACGCUCUGGAAGAGCUACACCGAGGAGACCCGGGAGGACCCGAGCAGGACCGGGGACCAGCUCGUGGACCACUGGGUGGAGGUCCUGAACUACCGCCUGAGCGUCUCCUGGUGGAUCUCCAAGCUCAAGGAGGAUAGCCGCAGCGCGCAAGGCCAGGCCGAGCUGGAGAAGUUGCCCGGGUACCGCGCUAGCGCCCACGAGCGGGGCGGCGGCCCCGGGGCCCGCAGGAAGGAACCCGCGCCCCCGUCCGCCGGCGUCGGCGCCGCGCAGGAGCAGGGCUCGGAGCCAGAUGCGAGGCCGCUGGCGCUGGUGGCCGCCGACGUGCUGAACAGGGUGAAGUCGCACAGCAUUCUCUACGUGAUGCGGCCGGACCUGCCGAUGGUGGAGAGCCACACGCUGCUGUCCGCGCUGCAGUCGCUGCCGCCCCUGCGGCAGGCUGCCGCAGCGAUGGAGCAUUCCUACGACCUCGACCUCGCCCGCUGCUACUACACGGUGCGCUGUGCCACCUACCUGGUUGAGCGCUGCGUGCCCGCUGCGGGGGCGAAGGCCGUCUCGUUUGACAGCGUCAUGCCGGGCAGGCAGGUCAUAGAGGAGGGGAUGAACGAGCUAAACCGCCUCAUCAGCUCCAUAGAGCGCACCCCGCUGAAGGUGUCCAUAUUCCUGAUCAUCUCCUCUCUGUGUUUCAUGCGGCGGCGCUACCUGCAGCACGACGGGACCAUGCGCGGCUCGGCGGCCGCGGCGCAGCCUCCGCCCUCCGGCGCAGAGGCCGCCUCCGAUUUCCUGGUUCCCCCCGGCGUGAUGCUGUCGCUGCUGGCGCUGCUGAGGCACCAUCUGCAGGCCCUGGUCGCCCAGGAGGGUACCUCCGACGGGUUGCCGGAGGCCUCCGCCGAGCAGCUGCGUGGUAUCAUCCGGAACCUCUUCCAGUUCACGCAGGAGACGAUCUGGCGCAUCUUCAUUACCCUGCGCUCCCCCAGGACUUCUUCACCCACUCCCAGCUCACCUCCGCGGAGGGCUCCAUGCAGCUGCGGCCGACGCGGCGGGCGGGCCUCACGUCCAUCGCGGAGGACAACGCCGCGGAGUGGGCGCACGCGGUCGGCGCCGUGA